CAAACUUGUAAGCUCAGAUCGUGUAAGCAUGCGGUCGGCCAGAUUCCGUUGGAAACGGUGAGGCUCAUCGGCUGUUUUGGCAAAAUGCUCGUAAUCUGUAGUCAAGUCUCUUUCUAUAUGACCGUGCAGCCAGCCUCAGCUACAAUCUCAAGAUCUAAAGUUUCUUUGGAAGAACUACAAGAAGCUUGCAGAACUAAGAUAACAAAUUGUUGAACAGAAGCAAAUGUUGAGCGACUUGAAGAUGAAAGCACAAGCUUUAGGUGCAGCAAUAAAAAUGAAGCAUCUUUAGUCAGUCCUAAACAAGACCAGCAAGAUUCGUUCAAUAAACAAGACCAGCAGGUGUCAUCUAGACAAAUAAUAACACAAACUCUGCUGGGGGAACCAGGAGCGCAACCACAAGUGUUCCAAAGCUUCCACGAGAGAAGACGAUGACGUCCGAGCCGGUGAGGCUCAUCGGCGGGUUCGGCAGCCCGUUCGCGCAUCGCGCCGAGGUGGCCCUGCGCCUGAAAGGGGUCCCCUACGAGCUCAUCCUGGAAGACCUGAGCAACAAGAGCGAGCUCCUGCUCAAGCACAACCCCGUCCACAAGCUCGUGCCCGUGGUCCUCCAUGGCGACCGCUCCGUCGCCGAGUCGCUCGUCAUCGUCGAGUACAUCGACAAGGCCUUCGACGGGCCGCCGCUGCUGCCGGCCGACCCCUACGAGAGGGCCCAGGCGCGUUUCUGGGCCCAGUUCAUCGACCAAAGGUUUGCAAGGCCGUUCUUCAUGUCAUUCUGGAUUGGGGACGACGACGAGCACAAGAAGGCCUUCGUGAAGGAGGCCAAGGAGAACCUGGCGCUCCUGGAAGCGCAGCUCAAGGGGAGGAGGUUCUUCGGGGGCGACGCCGUCGGCUUCCUCGACAUCGCCGCCUGUGCGUUGGCCCGCUGGGUUGGGGUGAUGGAGGAGGUCACCGGGGUGACCUUGCUAAACGACGAGGAGCUCCCUGCGUUCUGCAGGUGGGCCAACGACUACGUCAACGACGAGACCGUGAAGCAGUGCCUGAGGAGCAGAGACGACCUCGUCGCCUAUUUCUCCGCGAGGAAGGAGAUGUACAUGGCGCGAGCCAGGGCUACUCUGCACAAAAGGCGAGAAGUCGUUCCCUGUCAGGCAGGCACGGCUUGACAUCUUCGUCGGAGGUGUAGCCCUUGGCCCACUGGUGCAGAGCAGGGAACUCGUCGUCGCUCAUCAGACUCACUCCAGCCGACUCCUGGAUCACGCUUAGCCAGUGAGCCACACCGCACGCGGCGAUGUCGACGUAGCCGACGGAGUCGCCGGCGAAGAAUCUCUUCCCCUUGAGCUGCUCCUCCAGGAGCGCCAGGUUCUCCUUCGCCUCCUUCACGGACUCCUUCUGCGUCUCUCCCUCCGACCACACCGACAACAUGAGCGGCUUGGCGCACUGUGUACAGUUGCUAGAGUUCAGUAAAAUCGGAGAUAAUAUUACUUGGGAUUAAUCGCAAGAAAUGGCUGUAA